AUGGCGGGGACAAGUGCGGAGGGGGAGGAAACAAGCAUGACUCACCCUAUACCCGAUGGGGACCUUGUGAGCAUGAUGGCCCGUAUGAUGAAGGAAUUCAAACAAGAGAUGAUGAUCCAAAUGGAUGUGCGAGCAAAAGAAUCCAUUGCUCAAUCAAAAGAAUCCGAAGCCCGCAUGCUUGCCGCCCAAAACACUUUAUUUGAGGAGUUCAACACCUUGAAGGGAGGCCGCACAUCUAGGACUCCUACUUCUAGGGGUAACAAUCUACCUAAUGUUGCCCCGGAGGAGAUGAUGGAAGAAGUGGUGUAUGAGGGAUGGCAAAGGGGGAAUGAUAGAAAUAGAGUCAAUCACAUGGAGAAUGAUCGGUUUGGGGGAAGAAAUGGUGCCCGUGGCCGUUUUAAAGGUGACUAUGAAUCAAGGUACCAUGGAGAUGGGCUUGAUAGAGGAUAUAGUGGGAAAAGAGCUCCCAAGUCUCAUGGAGAGUGGUAUUCUAGGAGGGUGAGAGAUCAAGUUAGCCAUAAGGGGUUUGAGAGGCCAAUUGAAGAAGAAGUCUCAUAUAGAGCUCGAUUGAGGCCUACCUACCCACAUGGUGGUGUUGACACAAACCAAAGAGGAAAUUUAAUUGAAGGCAUGGAAGUGAGGCAUCAUGUUGUACAUGGCUUGGAAACUACUCACCCGGAGAAGGAACAAGAGGAACGAGGGCAAGUGGAUGAACUCCUUGCCCAAGGUUCAAGUGCACUAUCCUUAUCUCCUUGUGAUGUUUCAUUGAAUGAGAUUAUAUUAGAGAAACCCCUUUGUGUUGAUAAAUUUGUUAUUGAUGUCUUGUGUAAAAAGUGGUCUCAUGAGCUUGAAACUUUGAAUGCUAAAUCUACCUUUGCACCAUAUAUUGAUCCUUUCUUGGUAAAAUCAAGCAUUGAGAGACAUGACAUUUCUCUUGUGGCUUCUACCUUGAAUGUUGGAGUGACUUCCUUGCAUGCUAAGAUGCCUAAACUUUCAUUUGUUGGUAAUUUUGAGCUUCAUGUGUAUGUGGAUGAGGAUACUAAGACCAAGAAGAGUAACAUGGAUAAUGACUUUAGAACUUGGUGUUUGCUAUGUCUUCAUUGCAAAGUGGUUAAACCCUUCAAUGGGAUUGGAGUAUUCUAUGGCCGUUUUGUGAAGGAUUUUUCCACUCAUAUGUCUCUUGAGGAUGAUGUUGUGACUAAUGGCAUAAAAUUGCAUCGUUCUCAUGUUUGUGGUAUUGUUUUAAAAUUGCUAGAGCAAUUGUGUGGGGCUAAUUUGGAAACAUUUCUCAUGAUACUUGAUGUAGUUUUUUACAAGUAUCAUAUGCAUGGUGUUGUGUCUUGUCUCCAUGUCGUGCAUGAAGGUUUAUGGACACAUUGCUCCCUUAUGUUUGAUAAUCUCUUGAAAUUGAUGGGGCAAUGGGAUGAAAUCCAUAUUGAUGAACUUUGUUUGUUAAAUGAUAAUCCUUCUUGCAAACUUGAUGUGUGUUGUGAUGAACCUACUCUAUGUGUUAAAUAUGGGCUUGUCAAUUUGUGGAGUAGCUCUCAUUUGAGCAAGAAUGAUGUAUCAAUGGUUCCUUAUGGUCUUUUGUUGUUUAACCUUGAGAAUAUGAAUCUUGUGAAUAAACCUUAUUCGGUUACCUUUGAAUAUACACACUAUGAGGACCCUUUCUUGUAUAUGCCUAGUCUUGUUGAGAAUGCCAAAUCUUUUGUGAAGAUGUUCAAGGAUUUGGGCAUCAUUUGUAUGAGGAUGAUCGAACCAAAUAGAAACAAGGUGCUUGGGGCAUUUGUGUUUUGGCAUGUUGAUUGCUUUUAUUGCAUGUCCAUCAAACCAUUCAAUGGAGUUGGGAUGUUUUAUGGUCUAUUUGUGAAGAACUUUAUAUCUAAUGGCUUUGUUUGGGACUACAUUGUGAAGGAAUGCCUAUGUUUAUUUGCACAUAUAUCUUAUACCUAUAUUGUGAGGUUGUUUGAGUUUUGUUAUGAAGGGUAUCUUGAUGAUUUUGUCUUGAUUUCUUAUGGGAGGGAUUUGGACAUGAAAGGAAUCAUUAAUUCGUGCUCUCAUGUUUAUUGUCACUUGGCCUUGAGCUUGAGGGAACAUGAUUCUGGAGGCCCACACAACGUCUUUGGUGUAUUAUUGUCUCUUAGAGCCGUGUACGAAAUCCGGAUUUGA